AUGGGAUUCCUACUGCACCUGCAAGUUGAGCUGGACCAGGAUCAGUUCUGCUGUUCAGUAUGUCUAGAUCUGCCAAAUGAACCAGUUACUAUUAACUGUGGACACAGUUACUGCAGAGGCUGUAUUGAGGGAUGCUGGCACCAGAGAGAGGACAAGGGAACAUACGGCUGCCCUCAGUGCAGGGAGACCUUCAGUCCCAGGCCUGUUCUGAGGAGGAACAACAUGCUGGCUGAGCUUGUUGAGAAUCUGAAGAAGUCAAGCACCCAGCAGGCUGCUCCCCCUGCUGCUGUGGCCUGUGCCGGCCCGGCAGAUGUCGCCUGUGAUUUCUGCUGUUGGAAACGAAACAAAGCCACGACGUCUUGCCUGACGUGUUUGGCAUCUUAUUGUCCAGCUCACCUCGAGCCUCACUACAGUGUUCCUGUGUUGAAGAAGCACCAGCUGGUCUCGGCUACAGUCCCCCUACAGGAAAAGAUGUGUACGAAGCACAACAAGCUGAUGGAGGUCUACUGUCAGACAGACAAGAAGUGUAUCUGCUAUCUGUGCAUUAUAGAUGAGCAUAAAAGCCACCGUACAGUGUCAGCUGCAGCAGAGAGGGCUGAAGAACAGAAACAGCUAAUUGUCAUAAGAAAGUCCAGGAGAGAGAAAAGGAGCUGGAUGAGCUGGUCCAGGCGCUGAAGGAUUUCAAGAUGUGGACAUUCAGUAUUUGAUCCUGUGUCUGUAUUCCCCACUGACUAUAGAAGAAGUCUUGUCCAGGUUUUGAUAUCUGGCAAGGUGUGCUCAUAAACCCAAUUGUAUCAACAACAAAAAAUCUGAACUUGCUCAACCUUUUCCACAGAGAAUGUUAUUUUAAAAAGAAAAAUCUUUGUUUUUCUGUUUUUCAUUUUUUAGAAUUUCUAUCACUUUGUAUAAUUCUUAAGUUAUGUCAGUUCCACAUGACUGAAGAUUCAGUACUGUACAGCCAAAGUACUCACCGUCUGUAAAUGUAGAAGUUUAAACAUGCAAAACUCGGCAACAAAGCACAGCUGAA